CAGUUUUGGGCAUAAUAUGUUUUGCAGAUAUUUGCAAGACUCGUUAACAAUUAUCCACCCACAGAGAGACUGUGUGACCGAGAUGGUGCAGCCGUCCCAGGUCUAAGGGCGAACUUCAUAAUCCACAGGUGAAAUGAUAAUUGCAGUUCUGUGGGGAGGUGAGGUCACAGAGUCACAAGCCCUUAUCUCGGGGUCAAGCUGCUCCCUCUGACACUUGCUGGCCAUCAUGACUGUCACACUGAGCCCACUGUCCUGACAGCAGAAAGGAGUAGGAAUCUUCUGGCUCUGAAGAGAAAACGUCAGUGCCUGGGAACUGGCAGAAUGUCCUCCAGAGAUUUGGCAACAGGCUUGGUCAUCUUAUCCCAGACUGUAGUUGGGGUGCUGGGGAAUUUCUCUCUUCUUUACCAUCAUAUCUUCCUUUAUGUCACCGGGUUCAGGUUAAGGUCCAUAGAUUUGAUUCUCAAUAACCUGAAUGUAGCCAACUCCUUGUCCAUCCUCACUAUUGGAGUCCCCAGGACAAUGGCAGCAUUUGGGUUGAAAGAUUUCCUCAAUGAUAUUGGAUGCAAACUCCUUUUGUACUUUCGCAGUAUUGGCAGGGGUGUGUGCAUUAGCAGCACCUGCCUCUUGAGUAUCUUCCAGGCCAUCACCAUCAGCCCCAAUAACUCCAGGUGGGCAGAGAUUAAAAUGAAAGCUCCCAAUUACAUCGGCUUCACCAUAUCUCUGUGCUGGCUCCUCUACAUGCUGGUAAAUAUCAUUUAUCCUGUGUUUGUGACUGGCAAUUGGAGAAAUGAUACCAUCAUAAAGAGAAAAGAUUUAGGCUACUGUUCUGCUAAAUAUCACGACAGAAGUGCAGAUUCACUCUAUGCUGCAUUGUUAUCAUUCCCUGAUGCUCUGUGUUUGGGGCUCAUGCUCUGGGCCAGCGGCUCCAUGGUUUCCAUCCUGUACAGGCACAAGCAGCGGGUCCAACACAUCCACAGGACCAGCCUCUCCCCCAGGUCCUCCCCUGAGUCCAGAGCUACACAAACCAUCCUUUUACUAGUGAGCACCUUUGUAUCCUUUUACACUCUCUCCUCCAUCCUUCAGGUUUGUAUUGCUCUUUUUGAUAAUCCCGGUUUGUUGCUGCUGCAGAUAGAUGCAGUAUUUUCUCUGUGUUUCCCAACUGUCAGCCCCUUCGUUCUCAUGGGCCGUGAUUCCAGUUUAUCUGGGGUCAGCUUUUCCUGCAGAAGGAAUAAAAAUUCCCCUAACUCCAUCAGACAUAUGUAAAUGGUAUUUCUUUGCACAGCAUUGCUUUGCUUCUUCUUUUGGCCAUCACAGAAUUGUAAGCACAAUUAUGAAGCUAUAUUACAAG